GAGCGCUUGGUGUUGGGUUUGCGAUGGCGCGCACGAAGCAGACGGCGCGGAAGUCGACGGGCGGCAAGGCGCCCCGCAAGCAGCUGGCCACCAAGGCUGCCCGCAAGAGCGCGCCGGCCACGGGCGGCGUCAAGAAGCCGCACCGCUACCGGCCCGGCACGGUGGCGCUGCGCGAGAUCCGGCGCUACCAGAAGUCCACGGAGCUGCUGAUCCGCAAGCUGCCCUUCCAGCGCCUGGUGCGCGAGAUCGCGCAGGACUUCAAGACCGACCUGCGCUUCCAGAGCUCGGCCGUCAUGGCGCUGCAGGAGGCCAGCGAGGCCUACCUGGUGGGGCUCUUCGAGGACACCAACCUGUGCGCCAUCCACGCCAAGCGCGUCACCAUCAUGCCCAAGGACAUCCAGCUGGCCCGCCGCAUCCGCGGGGAGCGCGCCUGAGUCCCCUGCCCUUUGCAUCAAACUGAAAGGCUCUUUUAAGAGCCACCACAAGGCCACUGAAGAGAGCUGUUGUCUCUGUUACGCUCAUGCCACGCGCUUUCGAGUGCCCAACUUAGUGGAAGUUCAGGGAUAACGGGGGAAGUGUGAGCCUUCCAUAGCCUCCAGCCUUGGCCGCCCCUUGCACCCCAGUGUGUCGGUCAUUGUCAGGUUCGCCGCCUAAAGCUGCCGGGGCUGACAAGGGUGUAGGGGGCUGUGCAGGGUGAAGGAGAAAGCGGUGCCUAAAGAAUAGGCAGCCUCAGAAGCGGGGCGGGGGCGGGGUCGCGCUGGAGGGCUUCAGAGCGCGGGGCUCGCAGGGUCUCUGCUGUGCAGUCCCUAGGGCGCUAAGGGGUGCUCUCCGCUGUUUCUUCUUCCCGCUCCGUCCCGCCCACCGAAUGACAGAGAGAAGAGCGCCGCCAUUUCAGGAGCUCCCAGCCCCUUCCAGGCUGUCGCGGUCAGUGGUGCCGCGACAGCGUCUACGGUAACGCCGGUUGUUCCCGACCUACCCCCUGCCUUAGAUUUCUCUCGCCUGCGUGUCCCUUCCCUUGCCCUUUGGAAAGAAGGUCUGUGCUGAGCGCCUGGUGCUCCGUGUGGAAGAGAAUGGGGGAAAUAGAGGAUGUAACCUGCAGAACGCAUUUCCCCAUAGCACCGAGAGCCCCCAGUCAAGCGCUACACCUACCCUCGUUUCGUUCCUCGAGUAAAAAUUAGGUUAUUCCUCCUUACUUGA